AGCCCAAAACCCCAUAAGGGUAAAAUCGUCUCAUAAAUAUUUCUUUUUCGCGCUUCAUCCAUUUUUUUCCUUUGCCUCGGAAAAAUUGCAGCGUUUCUGCUCUAUCAGUCUAGUACCCUCUUUAACCCUCUCAUCACACACACUAACCCCUUCCCGGCGAAAUCAAAGAACCCUAAAAUUCUUCCCUCGUCUCAUGCAUUUCGCGACUGAAAUUUGCAGGAAUCCGUGUCUCUGAAGAUCCCGGACGCUGUGUUCUUCUCUCUCUCUCUCUCUUUGGAUCGUUUCAGACUUUCAGCAAUGGGUGCAGGAAGGAAGACAGAGACGUACACACUGGCUCACGAUAGCCAAAACCUGCAUGGAACCAUGUGGGUGAGGAAUCUCAAGAAGGGAGAUCUCUGCGGGGUGAUCUUCGGAUGCAAGUUCAGCACUAUCAAAGAGUGCUACGGGAAGAAGCUGUUCGGUUUACCAGCCCCUCACAUGGCGUACAUCAAGAACAUCGAUCCAGGAUUGACCUUGUUCUUGUUCAACUACAGUGAUCGAACGCUUCAUGGCAUCUUCGAAGCUACAAGCGAAGGAAAGCUCAACAUUGAUCCCAAAGCUUGGUCUCCAGACGGGACGGAUCCGAGUCCAUACCCUGCUCAGGUAAAGAUUAAAGUGCGCAUGCGGUGUGAGCCAUUGGCUGAAGAACAGUUUCGUCCAAUAAUUGCUGAUAAUUACAAGGAUGAGAAGAUGUUUUGGUUUGAACUAGACCGAGGUCAGACCAACAAGCUGCUCCGUUUGUUUUCACCAUCACCGUCUGUAAAGGCACCGUCAACAUCCAAAUAUGCUGCAUCACCGUCCAAAAAGGCGGCGAUUCCGGCAUCUUCUCUUGUGGAGAUAGGCGACGUGGGAGCAACGCGUGUUGAUAAAUGGAGCAGUCUUUUCAAAUCUUCAGAUGAUUCGAGUGAAAACAACGGGAAAGACUCAAAAGAAGACCCACACGGAGCAGGUUCAAGAGUCGCCAAUCCUGGAAAAGCGAGAGGAUGGGAAGUAGCAACCAGUAGUAAUGCGGAUGAGCGAGUAGCUCAAAAACCAGUGUCACAGUCUGGCGCAUCUUACUCAUCAGUUACCAGAAACAUGGCUGAACAUUCAACUCUGGAAAAGAAAUCUCGUUCGACUAAUGAAGUUCCAUCUCAAGCAAGUAAAAGGGUUGAAAAUUCUUGGUCAUCUGCUUCUCGAGUACAGUCUUUACGCCAAGACAGUGGUGAAUUCAGAGAUACUUCCAAGGAAGGGGAAGAUGUCAAAAUGAAUGCUUAUCAUCAACAAAACCUGCAUCCAACACAAAAGGAAGAUUAUGCUGAGGACACGUAUUCAGAAUUCGAUUGGGAUGCUUCAUCAGCCUUUAAAGUUCAUCUGGAUGGACUGAACAAAAUGUUGGAGGAUCCUACGGAUAAGGGAGGUUUCAAUGGAUGUGAAGGUAACAUGGGAUUCGCUUCUUCUUCUAUGGUUCCCAGUCGUUGGGAAGAUGAGAAGGCUCCUUGGGACUUUGAUGAAGGGAACAUAGAUAAAUCGCCGUGUGGGUCCUCGUAUGUUUCCGCCUUGACAGGAGACGCACUUGAGGACAAUGGAGAAGACAAAGAGAAGCAUCUUAUGGAUAAAUUCAAGAUGGAAAUGGAAUCCUCCACUUUCGUGAAUAUCUUGAAUGAGAUAUUGGCGGAAGUGAAAGAAUUGAAGCUAGCUCAGAUGAAACAAGCUGAGUAUAUGAUUUCUUUGGAGAUGGAGCUGCUUGAUUCAAGAAAAGAGAUACUUAAACUGAAAGGGCGACUUGCAGUAUGCACUGCAAAAUGCUUAUUAGGGAGCAGAAUGUUUGGUCCAGGGCUUAAAUUGACCGUUAGAGUUUAC